CGGCUUAUUAUUGUCUUCCGCUUUCUCUUCCUCCUUUGUCUUCUCCUCUGCGGCGUCGGAGCUAAACCCCUAAUUUGUAAAACUAAAACCCUUUUCUCUACUGGUCGCCGCAAUCAUCCCGUCCCGAUGGAUCCUCAAACUGAACCCAAAACCCCAGUUUAUCUUUAUGAAACCUUGAGUCCCCUCGCUGUCUCCCCCGUCGAUCAAUCUCCACUGUCGGCUCAACUUUUGCCUUUUAGGUCCGAUCGUUAUUCGCCGCGCAAUCAGUCUCCGGAGCCCUACAGUGUCCUUCGCAACGAAAUUUCCUCUUCGAAGGUGAAUUUUUCGUCUGAGGAGGCCGCUGCACCAGAUUAUUUCUCGUUGGAAGUGGGUGAUGGGUCGGAGGAGCGGACGGCGGAUGGGCUCGAUGAGACAGAACCAAGGAGUCCACUGCCUCAACCAAAGAAAAGUAGGAAGAAGAAGAAAUCCGAGGCUGAUAUGGUGGCUUCUAAUGAAGCGGAGCCAAGGCUGGAGCUUGCGUGGUUUAGGGGGAACCGUAGGCUUAAGAGCCCAAUGCUUCAGUUGCAUAAAGAGAUAGUGGACUUUUGUGAUUUUCUCUCUCCAACCCCAGAAGAAGAAGCUUCACGUACUGCAGCAGUCGAAUGUGUAUUUGAUGUUAUCAAAUAUAUAUGGCCUAACUGCAAGGUGGAGGUUUUUGGGUCAUUCAGCACAGGGCUUUAUCUUCCGACUAGUGAUGUUGAUGUCGUGAUUCUGAAGUCAGGUAUCAAAAACCCGCAAACUGGUUUGCAGGCUCUUGCUAGGGCAUUGGCACAAAGAGGCAUUGCUAAAAAGAUACAGGUGAUUGCCAAGGCUCGUGUUCCAAUUAUCAAAUUUGUAGAGAAGAAAAGUGGUGUUCCAUUUGACAUAAGUUUCGACGCACAGAAUGGACCAAAAGCAGCUGAGUUCAUAAAGGACUCGGUGUUGAAGUGGCCUCCAUUAAGACCAUUGUGCUUGAUUUUGAAAGUAUUUUUACAACAGAGAGAAUUGAAUGAGGUGUAUUCAGGUGGAAUAGGUUCAUAUGCCCUUCUUGCCAUGCUUAUGGCUAUGUUGCAGAAUCAUCAGGAAAGCCGAACUUUGCCAGAGCAUAACUUAGGAAUCCUCCUGAUCAACUUUCUUGAUUUCUAUGGCCGCAAACUGAACACCGUCGAUGUUGGCGUGUCCUGCAAGGGGAAAGGCACCUUCUUUGUAAAGAAUAGCAAAGGGUUUUCAACAAAGGGGCGGCCAUUUCUCAUUUCCAUUGAGGACCCACAGAUGCCAGAGAAUGACAUUGGGAAGAAUUCCUUCAACUAUUUCCAGAUUAAAUCAGCUUUUGCAACGGCUUUUUCAACCUUGACAAAUCCGAAGAUCAUCCUAAGCCUAGGACCCAACAGGAGCAUUCUUGGCACCAUAAUCAGACCGGAUCCCAUCUUACUGGAGCGCAAAGGAGGCCUUAAUGGGGAGGUAACUUUUUCAAGCUUGCUUCCUGGAGCUGGAGAGCCCCUGCAGUCAGACUAUGGAGUGCAGCCUGAGCUUUUGUGCAAUUGGCAGUUUGAUGAGGAGGAGCCACUGCCACGAGGAGAUGUAGUUGCUGCAAAUGUCAGUGCAGAGUCUUCUGGAAGGAAGAGGAAAGUUUCUUCCAAAGAUAAAUCCAGAAAAAAGAAGGUAAAUGAAAAUGAGGAGGUUGGGAAUCAAGAAAAUAGCUUGAGAAAAGAGAGAAGUGCAAAGAAGAAACCUUGGAGACACAACAACGGCUAUGGUGAUGCCAACGGCUUUAGCCAUUAGUCUCCACGACCUGCAGAAUUCAUCACCAAAUUUUUCAGUUCGACUUGUUAUCCCACGAAUCAGUUUGCCACUGCAUUCCGAAGCCGUACAGUCAGGAUUAUCACAACACGUCGAUUAAGGUAUACCCUGAUUCUAUUAAAAAGGCGAAAUGGGUGCAAUUGUAGGAUAGACCGAAUCUAUCUUAGUUACCAGGUGCUCGAAGUUUUUGGGAUAGAAAUUUAAGUGUCUCUGUCCCUGAGAGCAUUCAAAGCAAAUGUUGUAGAUUUAGAUGCCUGUUUUGCUAAUACAUACCAGAUGGCAAUUUUAUUUUGCCUUGUGAUUUUCAAGCAAAUGACACAUUCUGAACUUCAAAUCCAAA